AGGACAAACGAAUUCAUCGAGUUAAACGUCAAUGUGGAUGUUGCUCAUGCUAUGGUUCUGGAACAUCUUCAUGUCCAUGUUCAUCAUCAUGUUCAUGUAUUCCUGGUGCUAAUAAUUAUGCAACCGGUUAUAAUGAUAUGGGAUACGGUAGUAAUGGUAUAA